AUGCUCUCGCGUUGUCGGCUGGUCUGGUCGACCAGCAAGUCUCUGCGCCGGCUCUAUGCGACACACAGCAAUUCUCCAGUUGUCCUACGCCCCUAUCAGAAAUCGUGUGUGGACGCAUGCCUUGAAGCCCUAGCAUCGGGCUCGACGCGCAUUGGCGUGUCCCUCCCUACAGGCUCGGGGAAGACGACGGUUUUCGUGUCUCUCCUGAACAGGAUACGCCCUCCGUCACGCAACACCAUCGCAUCUAAUGCCUUAAUCAUUGUCAAUAGUGUCGAGCUUGCGCGGCAGGUCGCGGCACAGAUCGAGCAGCAGUGUGCAGGAGAGCGAGUCGAGAUCGAGCAGGGCGGUGAGCACCGUGCAUCAGGGGACGCUUCCUUCACUGUCGCUACAUACCAGACUCUCCUACAGCCUGGUCGCCUGGAGAAGUUCAGACCCGAACAGCUGAAGGCCGUCGUUGUCGACGAGGCGCACCAUGCCGCAGCGCCGUCAUAUCGCCGCAUACUGUCAUACUUCCACUCUUCCAUCGGUAACCCAGACAGCCCUACUUCGCCGCCAGCGAAGGCGACAGUGCCCAUCUUCGGGUUUUCAGCGACGUUCAGUAGACAUGAUGGACUGGCCCUUGGGUCCGUCUUCGAGCGUAUUGUCUACCACCGCGACUUCCUCGAGAUGAUCAAGGAGCAAUGGCUCUGCAAUGUGCGCUUCACCUCUGUGCGCGCAAACAUCGACCUCACGGGCGUGACGGUCAACUCCCGUACAGGCGACUUCAACGCGACGAGCCUCGCGCACGUCAUCAACACGUCGACUGUGAACCGGCUCAUCGUGCAGACGUGGCUCGACCGCGCGGCAGACCGUCGGUCGACGCUCGUGUUCUGCGUGAACCUUGCGCAUGUACGCGCGCUGACGGACGCAUUCCGCGAGGCGGGCAUAGACGCACGCUACGUGUACUCGGGCACGCCCGCGGUGGAGCGGCGCGCACUCGUCGAGAUGUUCAAGGCUGGCGGAUUUCCUGUGCUUGUCAACUGCGCUGUACUGACGGAAGGUACCGAUAUACCAAACAUUGACUGUGUCGUUGUCGCGCGACCGACGCGGUCGCGGAACAUUGUCGCACAGAUGAUUGGGCGAGGUAUGCGGUUGUCUCCCGACACAGGCAAAGAGGACUGCCGAAUCAUCGACUUCGUUGAUUCUACAAAUGCAGUGCCCGGAGUCAUCUCCACGCCUACUUUGUUUGGGCUUGAUCCUUCCGAAGUCGUCGACGACGAACCGCUCGAAUCACUGGAAGAACGCAUGUCCAAAGAUGAAGUCAACUUGGAGGCGAUUCGUGGACGUAACAACAUGAAUCCACCGGAUCCAAAGUCUGUUACUUAUAUCGACUAUGACAACCCUUUCGAGUUCGUGGAAAAGGCAUGCGGCGUGCCGCAUAUAUCCAAACUGAGCAGUAAUGCCUGGCUUGGAUGCGGGGACGACAUCUACGUCCUCGAGUGCCUCGGCAAGGGCUUCAUUCGCAUCGAGCGGAUCGAAGGUGAUGAGGGCACGCCACCCUGUUUUCGCGCCCACUGGACUCGCGCCGUAAUCCCCUUACGUCAAGCUAUGAUUUACAAGAUUCCGCCGUACCAAUCCACCAAACAAAUUCUCGAGGCGCCAACCCUGAUUGAAGCGAUCCGUGGCGCGGACACAUACGCAAUCAACAAGGUUUCGUAUAGGCUGCGUCGAAGCGCGAAAUGGCGGAGGGAGCCUGCUACCGAUUCUCAAAAGGCAUGGAUCCAUACGCGUUGGAAGAAGCCCGCGCAGGAGCAGAAGAUAGCUACCAUGACAAAAGGCGAGGCGGCAAACAUCAUCAGCCGGCUGAAGCACGGCGCGCAGGUCCGUACCCAGAAUUGUCGCAUGUUAUAUGGUACUCACUCGUCUCUAGGCUCGCUAUGA